AUUUUCAACACUGCUACGGGUGGACGACAUUGCAAGCGCUUCGCUGCAAUUUAGAUCAAUGAUGACGCCCAUUGGUAUCUCUGUUUUGACAUAAACGUAUCUUCAAGGAGUAUUUGGACAAUGUUAAUUGCGCACUUGUUUUUCGAACAACAAUGUGUUACAUUACACUAACGCGCAAAUUUCUUAUACAAGUAAAUCAGUAUAUUAUUUCAAAAUAUAGCUUAAAGAAAAUUUUGCGACAUUUACUAUAUUUCAUAACGCUGGAACAGCUUUUUAAUUACCUAAAUGGUCAAAAUAAAUUUUCACAAGCUUUCCUUUCACGUAAGUCUUUUUUCAGCAACUUCAAUCAUACCAAGUUAAAUAUUGCCUUCUAAUGCAGUUUUUAUUAAUUUCCUACUUUAGUAUAAAUCUUGCGCAGAGCAGAGCAAGUAUCACAACGAUCAUCGUUGUUGCGCGGCUGUUGUACGCUUCAAUUUCACUUGAAACGGCACAGUACAUGCUUUACUGGUUAUCUGCGCAAGGAUCAUAGUGUCGAGCGUGUGCCACAAACAAGUGCGCGUAAUAAUGCGUACGGUAUGCGUAUCGCAAACAGGGUUUGCGUCAUCUGUCGUGUUGACAUGAAAGUCAACGCACUUUGGAACGUAGCGUGCUAUUUUGUUGACAAACAACAGAGAGUGGGAACCUCAGGAGGAGCAUAGCCACACAAUUGUUCGACAAUGAUUCUUUUUUAACCAAGAUAAUGACAGUCGGGUAAUAUGGUACAUUUGGCGUUAUUGAAAUGUAAAUUAUACUAGGUGAUUUUAAUUGAUUAUCAAUAAAAUAAGUCUUUUAUGGCAAAAACAUUUUAUGCACCAAAGAUAGACUCAAACUACCAGAUGUUCAAGAACAUUAAAUGCAGCAAUCAAAGUACCACCCAGUUCUAUAAGCCAUCUAUCAGCACUUGAUUUUAAGCACUUAGUGACCCGAGAGUAAAGUUUUUCUGCACGCACCUGCACAUGCACUUUUUACAUUAGCUUUUUUGCAUUAGCAUUAGCCCUAGUCCCACCCGACGAAAGGUUCCUUUCAUUUUUUGAAGUCUAUAAAUUAAGGUUCGUCACUGUCCACACGCGUCAGUUCUUUGUACACCUUAGAAAAGGGUGUCCAAUACAAGUAGUGUCGUAUCGCACGUUAAUUUUUACCACCUUCCAAGUAGUGCAUCAAGGCUCUGUCGGACGUAAUUGUGUUUUGAAUUGAUUCAGGUUCAAUGGCAGGCUCGAGUGUUUGACAUAAUGAUGACGAUCCAGUUAGUGCUCAUGUACGUUGUUUUAUCGUUGGCGUUAGCCACCCUCCUCUGCCUACGAUGGAAGCGACGGAAGCUGUACGCAGCGGCAGCCACAAUGGAUGGACCACCGUGUGUGCCGUUCCUCGGGCAUGCCUAUCUUCUUUUUGGCAAGCAAACUGGAGAACACAUUAUUGAAGUAUUCGACAAAUACGCACCGCGGUACAACUCUCCAAUUGGAAUAUGGAUGGGACCGAAGCUUAUUGUCGCUAUCAAAGACAAUCCCGAAUAUUUCCAAAAGGUUAUGAACUCACCCCAUCUGUUGAGCAAAAUGGAUCAGUAUAACUUUUUCCGAGCGGAGAACGGUCUCCUUACCGCUCCAGAACAUGUGUGGAAAACCGAACGCAAGCUGCUCAAUCGUUCGUUCAGCCCAAUGAUGCUGUCCAGCUUUGUGGAUAUUUUCAACAAGAAGGAUUUGGUAUUGGUGGAAAAUCUUCGGAAAUUUGUUGGAGCUGGAGUGUUUAACUCACAAUUAUACAUCUCCAAGUGUACCAUCGAUGCGCUAUUUGAAAAUGCUUUUGGCAGAGAUAUUGGCACUCAAGCACACGACGGACACGAUGAAUAUCUACAGUGCUUGGACACGUUUCUUUCGCUCGUGUUCAAGCGAGUUCUUCAUGUAGAACGCUAUCUAGAAUGCAUCUAUCGCCUUACGAAAGAUUAUGCAACCGAAUCGAGCUGCGUAAACAUCAUCAGAAACAUGUCACUCGAUCUGAUGAAAGAAGUGAAAGAAAAUGCACACCAAGCUCAACAGCAACCCGUGGAAGAAGCGUACGGAGGCAAGCCGGCUCUGAAUUUUGCUCACAGUCUAUCCAGCUUGGCAAAGCACAAUCCAUCCCUAACGGAAGACCACAUCAAAGAUCAUAUCGAUACGAUGAUCAUGGCUGGGCACGAUACUACUGCCACCACAAUUGCAAACCUGCUACUAAUGUUGGCGAUGCAUCCCGAGGUGCAGGAAAUGGUGUACCAGGAGGUGAUGAGCGUGUGUCCAGACAAAUCAAAACCUGUGACAAUGGAAGAUGCCAACAAUCUCGCGUACACGGAGAUGGUGUGCAAAGAAACGAUGCGUCUGUUCCCUGUAGCACCAGUCAUUGGAAGGAAGUGCGCUGCGGAUGUUAAGCUGGAUGACAAACAUACCAUACCGGCGGGCUGCUGUGUAGCGCUCGGUAUCUAUCAGAUACAUCGAGACCCGAUGAUCUGGGGACCCGAGCCGGGAAAGUUCAAUCCCGAUCACUUCCUGCCGGAAAGGGUAGCUGAGCGACAUCCGUACGCGUAUCUACCGUUCAGUGGAGGACCUCGGAACUGUAUCGGUAUCCGGUAUGCCUGGUUAUCAAUGAAGAUUAUGAUUGCCCAUCUAGUGCGGAACUAUCGCUUCAAGACGCCGCUCGUGAUGGAGGACUUAGUUUUGAAGUUUGCAAUCGUGCUCAGAAUCACGAAUGGGUGUUUCGUAUCGAUUGAAGAUCGUCCCUCUAGCUAAUAGUGAAACAUCAAAGAUAUAGGGAAUAAAACGCAACAAACAUUACACUGGACAACUCGCUUUGAACCAUGUGUGUACAACGCACAGUCAAGUGGUAAGAAAGUGCACUGCUCACACAAGGAAACUUGUGCAACUGCUAAA